CGCUCGCCAGUGCCGACCCGUUGCCCAGGGAACGGGCUCCCGGCAGCCCCCGCGGCCCAGCGUCCAUCCCCGCCUCUCCCGACCUGGCGGGGCUGACGAGUGUCGAGGGGCCGCCGCGGGAGCCCCAGGUUUCCCUAGAUGACAAGUAAACAUUCCUUUUCCUGCCUGAAGAUCGUUUGUGGAAACCUUGGCCAUGGCAUCGAUAUCAGAGCCUGUUACCUUCAGAGAGUUCUGCCCUUUGUACUAUCUCCUCAAUGCCAUUCCCACAAAGAUCCAGAAGGGUUUCCGCUCCGUUGUGGUCUACCUCACAGCCCUCGAUACCAACGGCGACUACAUUGCGGUGGGCAGCAGCAUUGGCAUGCUCUAUCUGUACUGCCGGCACUUCAACCAGAUGAAAAAGUACAACUUUGAGGGGAAGACGGAAUCUAUCACUGUGGUGAAGCUCCUGAGUUGCUUCGAUGACCUGGUGGCUGCAGGCACAGCCUCUGGGAGGGUUGCAGUUUUUCAACUUGUGUCUUCAUUGCCUGGGAGAAAUAAACAGCUUCGGAGAUUUGAUGUUACUGGUAUUCACAAAAAUAGCAUUACAGCUCUGGCUUGGAGCCCCAAUGGAAUGAAACUGUUCUCUGGCGAUGACAAAGGGAAAAUUGUCUAUUCUUCUCUGGAUCUAGACCAGGGGGUCUGUAACUCCCACUUGGUGUUAGAAGAGCCGUCUUCAAUUGUGCAGCUGGAUUAUAGCCAGAAAGUGCUGCUCGUCUCUACAUUGCAAAGAAGUCUGCUUUUUUACACUGAAGAAAAGUCUGUCAAGCAAAUUGGAACACAACCAAGAAAAAGUACUGGGAAAUUUGGUGCUUGUUUUAUACCAGGACUCUGUAAGCAAAGCGAUCUAACCUUGUACGCAUCACGGCCUGGGCUCCGGCUGUGGAAGGCUGACGUCCAUGGGACUGUUCAAGCCACAUUUAUCUUAAAAGACGUUUUUGCUGGAGGCAUCAAGCCUUUUGAACUGUACCCGCGUCUGGAACCCUCCGAUAGGGGAAAUUACAGCUUACCUGAGAAACACCUGGGGCUGGUUUCCUGCUUCUUUCAAGAAGGCUGGGUGUUGAGUUGGAAUGAAUACAGUAUCUAUCUUCUGGACACCGUCAACCAGGCCACAAUUGCUGGUUUGGAAGGAUCCGGUGAUAUCGUAUCUGUUUCCUGCACAGAAAAUGAAAUAUUUUUCUUAAAAGGAGAUAGGAAUAUUAUAAGAAUUUCAAGCCAGCCUGAAGGACUAGCAUCAACAGUGAGAGAUGGUCUGGAGACGUCAGGAUGUUCAGAGCGGGUCCACGUGCAGCGCAUGGAGAAGCCGCCAGGGGCCACAGUUUCUGAGACGAGGCUCAGAGGCUGUUCCGUGGCCAGCUCUGUGGCCAGCGAGCCAAGGAGCAGGAGCAGUUCACUCAACUCCACCGACAGUGGCUCUGGGCUGCUGCCACCCAGCCUCCAGCCAGCCCCUGAGUCAGGCAAGGGCAGCCAGUCCUCCUCGCAGAGAUUCAGUGUCAUCAGCUCGGAAGACUUUGACCAGGAGCUUGUUGUGAAACCUAUCAAAGUGAAGAAGAAGAAGAAGAAGACGACGACAACAGAAGGCAGAAGCAGGAAUGCCUGUCACAAUUCCCUGGAAUCCACUCCCUGCUCCGAGUUUCCUGGUGACAGCCCCCAGUCCUUGAACACAGAGCUGCUGUCCAUGACCUCAAGUGUUCUGGGCAGUAGUGUGGACCAGCUGAGCACAGAGUCUCCAGACCAGGAAAGCAGCCUCAGUGGUGAGGUGAAUGGUGUCUUGAAGGAAAAUAAUGACCCUGAAACAUUUAGUGUCCUGGAGGUGCCUGAAUCUUCCUCUGACUUACUGGAUGAAGAGAAUGACAUUAGCACUAAAGUUCCACAGUGUAACCACGCAUGUGAGAUGGAGCCACUCAGCCGAGUGUUGAAUUUACCCUUGCUCCUAGGGGAAGAUGUGGAAGGUGGUGAUGUCACAGGACUUGAAGAGGAGCCUUGGCUGGUGGAUGACGGUCUGAAUAGCAAACAGUUACCCUUCCAAGAACAGGACAGCUGUGCUGAGGCACAUGAGGUGGAGGACAUGGACCCCGAUGACCCCCAAAACACUUUUUCUGAAGCCCCCCUCCUGGACCCACUCAUGGUGCCUUCCAGCCUCAGCUGGGCCCCAAGAGCUGAGCCGUGGCUGCCUGGGACCAGAGUUGACACAGGCAGUGCCAGGGAAGCCAGCAAAGAGCAAGGUGCCCUAACUGACGUGGGGGCCCCUGGCCACUUCAGCUUAAAUCCCUGGCAUACUGUGGCUAACACAGGUCAGAAAGAAAUGUCUGCUUCUGAAUGUGACUUGGGGAGUUGGGGAGGACAGUUGACUCUAGUCUCUGCCUUGGAGGCCAGCACCCACAAGCCAUGGCUUGAACAGCCUUCACGGGAUCAAGCACUGACUUCCAGCGAUGAGGAGGACAUCUACGCCCACGGGCUCCCUUCUUCAUCCUCAGAGACAAGUGUGACAGAGCUCAGAGCUAGUCGCUCCCUGCAGGAUCUGAGCCAGCCAGGUGCAGAUGACACGGGGCUGCUCAAGUCGGAUCAGUUUGCAGAAAGCUGGAUGGGCUACUCUGGCCCCGGCUAUGGCAUACUCAGCUUGGUGGUCUCCGAGAAGCAUAUUUGGUGCCUGGACUACAAAGGAGGCCUGUUCUGCAGUGCGUUGCCGGGCGCCGGGCUGCGCUGGCAGAAGUUUGAAGAUGCUGUCCAGCAGGUGGCGGUCUCCCCCUCAGGAGCCCUUCUCUGGAAAAUUGAACAGAAAUCUAAUCGAGCUUUUGCUUGUGGAAAAGUUACCAUCAAGGGCAAGCGGCACUGGUACGAAGCCCUUCCCCAGGCGGUGUUUGUGGCCCUGAGUGACGACACGGCCUGGAUCAUCAGGACAAAUGGAGACCUGUACCUGCAGACAGGUCUCAGCGUGGAUCGCCCGUGUGCCCGAGCUGUAAAGGUCGACUGCCCAUACCCACUGUCCCAGAUCACAGCUCGAAACAGCGUGGUGUGGGCACUGACGGAACAGAGGGCCCUCCUGUACCGGGAGGGUGUGAGCAGCUUCUGUCCGGAAGGGGAGCAGUGGAAGUGUGACAUCGUCAGUGAAAGGCAAGCUUUAGAACCUGUUUGCAUAACUCUCGGGGAUCAGCAGACCCUCUGGGCACUGGACAUCCAUGGAAACUUGUGGUUCAGAACUGGCAUUGUUUCCAAGAAGCCCCAAGGAGAUGAUGACCAUUGGUGGCAAGUGAGCAUCACAGACUAUGUGGUGUUCGACCAGUGCAGCUUAUUCCAGACGAUAAUCCACGCCACACACUCGGUGGCCACAGCAGCCCAAGCACCCGUAGAAAAGGUGGCGGAUAAACUUCGAAUGGCAUUUUGGUCUCAGCAGCUGCAGUGCCAGCCAAGCCUUCUCGGGGUCAAUAACAGUGGUGUCUGGAUCUCCUCAGGCAAGAAUGAAUUCCACGUGGCUAAAGGAAGUCUCAUAGGCACUUACUGGAAUAAUGUUGUUCCCCGUGGGACAGCUUCCGCAACAAAAUGGGCCUUCGUGUUGGCUUCUGCUGCCCCCACAAAGGAAGGAAGCUCCUUGUGGCUGUGCCAGAGCAGCAAGGACCUGUGCAGUGUCAGCGCCCAGAGUGCACAGUCCCGCCCCUCUACGGUGCAGCUGCCUCCUGACACUGAGAUGAGGGCCUAUGCCGCCUGCCAGGAUGCACUGUGGGCCUUGGACAGCCUCGGCCAGGUGUUUAUCAGGACACUCUCCAAGAGCUGCCCAAUGGGCAUGCACUGGACCAGGCUGGACCUUUCCCAACUAGGAGCUAUAAAACUGACAAGCUUGGCAUGUGGAAAUCAGCACAUCUGGGCCUGUGAUUCCAGGGGUGGAGUUUACUUCCGUGUUGGAACCCAACCUCUAAAUCCCAGUCUGAUGCUUCCAGCCUGGAUCAUGAUUGAGCCACCUGUCCAGCCUGCCGGGGUCACCUUAGUCAGCGUCCAUGCCAGCCCCAACGACCAGAUGCUGUGGGCGCUCGACAGCAGAUGGAACGUGCACGUCCGGGCUGGGAUCACCGAGGAGAUGCCCGUAGGGACAGACUGGGAGCAUGUGCCAGGUCUGCAGGCCUGCCAGCUGGCACUGAGCACCAGGACCGUGUGGGCCCGCUGUCCAAAUGGUGAUGUUGCCCGACGAUAUGGCAUCACAGACAAAAACCCUGCUGGAGACUACUGGAAGAAAAUUCCUGGAAAUGUGUCAUGUGUCACAGUGACCUCGUCAGAUGAGCUCUGGGCAGUGGGCCCACCCGGCUACCUCCUCCAGCGGCUGACAAAGACGUUCAGCCACUUGCACAGUGACCAGAAGAGCAGCCAGGCCGCCACCCCCCACCCCGAGGACCUGGAGGACGAGUGGGAAGUCAUCUGAAGGAGCCCAGGGACAGAGUCGUUGAAGGGGAGGGGGCCGGGCUCUGUAUGGACGCAGUUGGUUUCCGAGUUGCUCGCUUGUGAACAUGCUUCACUGACCCUUGUCCAGACGUGUCUGGCCAGGUUGGACACCCCCCACCUGCUCUCACCCAUGUUUGUUUCUGUCUUGUCUAGAACCCACAGCCUCAGCCGAGUGACUGGAGCUGUUGCUGUAGCAGCAGUGCCUUUGAGCUCUAGCGAGGCCGGCUCCAGAGGGGACAGCGGCCCUGCUGCAUUGCAUGUGCUACCGUCCCCAAGCGCUGAGGGCAUGCCCUUACCAGCAGCUGCGGGUCCACUGGUGGGAGAUGCUGCAAGGAGCCUCCGUGGGCAGGCUGAGUCAGAGCAGGAGCAGUGGCACACCAGUGAGCUCCGGCAGGCGACCAGCACAAGUGCUGUUGCCAUGGUAGCAGCCCCCGCUCAGGCUCCCCAGCCACUGGACAUGCUCAGUGUCUCCAUCGCACUCCCUCCCCCGAGAUGCACAUUCCAGUGCACAUUCCAAGCUGGACACUCCACUUGGGACCCCAACCCCAGGGCCGUGCAUGAGAAGUUGAGCGCUGGGCUGUGUCGCGAUGGGGAGCACAUGCGCACACACAUGCACACACACACGCACACACCAGGCCCCUGCUGCCCACACACAGCGCGGGCUGCUUACCUCCUGGAGGACAUACUUCAGCCAAAACAGUAAAGGCAAGUGGAUGCACAUGGAACAUGGCAGCAUGCACAUGUGUCCGAGGCAGGACGGCACAAGAGGGUGCUGGCCACGCAUGAGGCUUAGCCACGGUAGCUCACUUAGAAAUGUCGGGGGGAUAUGAACUAAUGCUGCUGGUGGACGUCACAAAACCAGAGGCAUCCUCAGAGGAUGAACCUCCUGAUUAUUGCCUUUUUUGUUUAUUGUAUUACAAACCUUCAUAAGAUACCUCAUUUGAAGUCAAAUCUUACAAAUUUAGAAGAGAAAUGUAUUUUCUGAAAAUAGUGGAAGGCCUUUUGCUCCUUCCGGGGGUUUACCCUGAGCCUGUCUGUCCUCACCUGCAGCUUCGGAGGGCUGGGCGGGACGCAGCAGGUGGAAGCCAGUGCCUGCUGUGGAUAGUCCUUGGGGUCAGCCAGUGCCACUCUCUAAUGGCAUCUGAGCUCCAGCACCAGGCCGCCCAGCCACGUGUCCUGCCCUGAGCCACUGCCCUCUCCGUCCUGGAGGCAGCUCCAAGGCCGGACUCCAGGCUAGCUGCUUUUUUUAGCCUGCCUCUGGCCCAGGCCUAGUUAUCCGAUGCCUGUUUUCUACUAAGCAAGUGUGUCAGGGCACCCCCAGGCCACAGGUGAUGAGCGAUAAACUAUGUUCUCUGACGGGACCCCGCCAGCCAUGAAGAUGGAGGUUUUCCAGGUCUGAAUGAGGACACGAUGCUGAAACCCCAGGUCUUACUUCACACUGCACUUUUAUGGAGUCCUUUUUGUAAAAGUUGGGUGACAGCAGAGGCAGCCCCAGGCAGGGCCGCUCUUCCUCCGUGUAUGUUGUGCCUUGCCCGGCCCCUCAGAAGGCAAAGCUCCCCUAACCCAUGGGGCUGUAGUGCGAUUAAACCCAAGUCUAGGUGAGACUUUUACACUACUUUUAGCUUCAGUGCUUUGUACCGUUUUCUUUCUGGUUUUAAUUUUUAG